AUGAAGUUCACUCUGCUGGCCACCCUGGCCCUCGCCUCCAGCGCCCUCUCGGCCCCCUUUGUCAUCUACAAGCGCGACGACACCUACGCCCCCCAUAAGUGCGUUCCCCAAACCUCUGCCACUGUCAGCGCCUCUGCCACCCCUUCUGCCACCCCGGUCGCCUACCCCAAGAAGGUCACCAUCCUCCACACCAACGACAUCCACGCCCGUCUGGACCAGUUCGACAACAAGUACGGAAGCGACUGUGCCCGCAAUGCCACCACCGGUGCUCUGACCGCUCCCGACCGCUGUGUCGGUGGUGUCGCUCGUAUCAAGCGCACCGUCGAUGACAUCCGUGCCAACAACUCGCACACGCUCCUCUUUGAUGCCGGUGACCAGUUCCAGGGCACUCUGUUCUUCACCGUCUUUGGUGGCUCCAAGUCCGCCGAGGUCAUGAACUCGAUGAAGUACGACGUCAUGACCAUCGGCAACCACGAGUUUGACCGUGGAGAGCAGUACGCCGCCGAGUUCUUCAAGAACCUCACCUUCCCCGUCGUCUCGGCCAACACCAACCUCGACCAGGCCAAGUACCUCAAGGCUGCUGGUGUUGUUCCCUACACGAUCAUCAAGAAGUACAACCUCGGCGUCAUCGGCUUCAUCACCAACACCACUGCCUCCAUCACCAACAACCUCGGCAUCGACUUCCCCGACCCUGUCAAGCCUGUCCAGGCCGUCGUUGAUCAGCUCCACGCCCAGGGCAUCAACCGCAUCAUUUGCGUCUCCCACAACGGAUAUGCCGAUGACAAGUGGCUCGCUUCCCAGACCCACGGCAUCAACCUGAUCGUCGGUGGUCACUCGCACUCGCUCCUCCUCAAGAACCUCUCGCUCCCUGGCGUCGAGGGUGCCUACCCCAGCCGCGUUACCAACCUCAACGGCGAUGACACUUUCGUCGUCCAGGCCCAUCGCUACGGUGACUAUCUCGGCAAGAUCGACAUCGAGUGGGACGACAACGACCACCUCGUCUCCCUCGUCGGUGAUCCCAUCUACCUCACCCAGGACCUGCCCGUCGACAAGGAGCUCGCCGGCAAGGUUGCCGACUGGACCAAGGCCUUCAACGUUUUCACCUCGACUGUCUUUGGCGUUGCCGAUGGCGACUUCACCCAGACCGGCUGCUACAACGGCGAGUGCUCCCUUGGCGACCUUGUUGCCGACUCGAUGCUCGACAGCGUCAAGGACCAGGGCGUCUCCAUUGCCAUCACCAACGCCGGUGGCCUCCGUGCCUCGAUCCCUGCCGGCAAGGUCACCUACUCGACCGUCCUGACCGUCCUGCCCUUUGGCAACGUCCUGGUCAACUUUGACUACACCGGUGCCCAGAUCCGCCACAUGCUCGAGCGCGCCUACAUCACCCAGACCGAUGUCAACAGCGGCCUCGCUCCCGCCAACGACGUCAUGAUCAGCCCUCCCCAGUGGGCCGGCAUCAAGUCCACCCACGACUCGACCCGCCCUCCCUACCAGCGCGUCCUCACCCUCCAGGUCAAGACUGACGCUGGCUUUGUCGACCUUGACGACACCAAGACCUACAAGAUGGUCUGCAACGACUUUAUGAUCACCGGCGGUGACCGCAUCAUCGUCCCCGGCAUCAAGGACUUUGUUCUGGGCAACGUCAUGGCCGAUGUCCUCGGCGCCUACAUCCAGAAGCUCGGCCACGUCGCCCCCGUUCUUGAGGGCCGCUGGUAAAGCAAACACACCAGCCACAUCCGCUCUGUAGCUCUCGGGGUCCCCUCUCGCGGACGAGAGUGGUAAAAGCCAUUGAGCGAGGGUGUUUGCCUGGCUCUGGCCUGUGUUGCAGUCCCGCUAUGAUUCCUCUCUUUCCCGCUACGAUUCUACUGUCCACCCACCCAUCCACUCCCACACCCGCUCUUGGUGCCUUUGUCGCCCACCCCUUCUAUCCUCACAGCCCUGUGUCUUCUUUAUGCCGCUUGUCGUCUAUGCCUAUACUGCUAUGUGUUUGCCAGUUAGAUAAGGCAAUUAUCCUCCAUAUAUGGCCUGCUUUGGGCAGGGAGGUUAAUCCGCUUGCACAAUAAAACGGGAGAUAACUUCUUCUGUUUUGAGAUCAA